CCGUCUCUGCCCUGUGCUCCCUGUCCGUUCACCCACCUCUUUGGGGGUGCAGCCCUUCUCCCCAUUCAUACUUAUCUCCUUCUCCAGAACAACACUGCUGUUUCCUCUCUCCCACCCUGUCCAUCCCAUACGUCCUUUUAUAUAUCAGUCCCAUAUCUCCAUCUGUACAUCCAUCCCAUAUCUCCUUCCAAGUGUCCUUCCCGUAUAUCUUUCCUUAUGUCCACGCCAUAUCCCCUUUCACACGUCUGUCCCAUCCAUCCUGCUCAUCCUUCCGCUCAUCCAUCCUGUAUAUUUUUCCGUAUAUGCAUCUCCUAUGUCCUUCCAUCUGUCCAUCCCAUAUAACCUUCUGUACAUCCACCCUUUUCCCUCCCAGACUCUGUCUCUUCGCUGUGGUCCCCGUCCCCUCCCCGCAGCAGACGGGGUGCUCAGGGCCGGGUGUCUCACAGGGGAUGCUGGCUUCAGAGCAGCAGAAGCUUCGUGCUGCCUUUGAGCAGCUGCAGCAGUUUCUGAAGGAGCAGGAGGGCACGCUGCUGGCCCAGUUCGAUGAGGCACACGAGAGGCUCACUGAGCAGCACCAGGAGUACGUCUGCCGUGUUUCAGAGAGGAGAACGCUGCUGGAGGAGCUGGUUGUGGAGAUCCAGAAGAAACGUGACCAGCCGGCGGUUGGGUUCCUGAUGGAUAUUGCUGGCAUUCUGGACAGGUGCAUGGAAGCAAAGCUCCCUGUCCCGGAGCCGGUCUCCCCAGAGCUGCAGAGGACAGUCAGCAACCUGUGCAAGAUGAGCGAGCAGGUCCAGGCUGUGCUGGGUGACUUCAGAGUGAAUCUGCUGAGCAAGUUGGACACAGAAAGAGUGAAGGUGUUGCUGGACCUCGAGACAGCAAGCCCGUACCUGACCAUCUCAAGUGACUGCAGAACCCUGCAGAUAGCAGAAGGACAGCAGGACCUCCCUGAUACUCCCAAGAGGUUUACGGGCACCGCCAGCGUGCUGGGAUCUGAGGGCUUCACAGCUGGGAGGCACUAUUGGGAGCUGGAGGUUGGGGAUGGGAACAACUGGGCUGUGGGGGUGGCCCUGGAGUCUGUGCAGAGGAAGGAGCCACUCAUGGUGGCCAUGGAGAAGAUCUGGGCCCUGCGGAUGGACUGGGACCGCAGCUACACAAUGCUGACCAUGCCGCCUGCCCCACUGAGCCUGGAGGAAGAACCACGGCGCAUCAGGGUCCACCUGGACUAUGAGGCUGGGCAAGUAACCUUCUACAACACUGACAACAUGCAACAGAUCCUGCAGUUCAAAGUCUCCUUCCGGGAAAAGGUCUUCCCAUACUUCUGGCUCUGGCUGCCAGGAACCUCCAUCAAGCUGUGCUCCUGAUGGAGUCGGUCAUCCCUGCUCCCCUGCUCACGUCCUGGGCUGAUGAGUAGGGGAUGGCACAGCAUCACUGCAAACUUCUGCCCUGGUCGUUGCUGCACUUCCUCCUGCUGAGUCCUUCGGAGCAUUAAAAUCAUAGAAUUGUAGAA